AUGAACAGGAUACAUCCCAGCUUUCAGAAGGCACUGCUAACUCAAGGCAGCUGGCAGAAGGAUCGUGCUCCGGCGGACCGAAAGACCCUGAAGCCAACUUCCUUGCCCAAAGGUGAUUUCGGCAUUCGUAGGGAUUAUGUGCUGGUCCCACUCGCCACUCCCACCGCAGGCAUCAGCGCCUGUACAGCCGCGAAGUUGUGGCAGUCGUCCCUGGCUUUGUUCGCCGGCCUACAGGAUUGCAACCUGCACCCAGACAUCAUCGUCUACAAUGCCUCGGUUAGUGCUCUGGAGAAAGGGAGGCAGUGGCAGCUGGCAUUGCAGCAGUUCUCCGACAUUCCCAGUGCAAAGCUUGCGCCGGACAUUGUGAGCUAUAGCGCUGCAAUAACUUGCUGCGAGAAGAGUGAGCAAUGGCAGCUAGCGCUGACAUUGUUUACUUCACUGCAAAAAUCGCAAAUCGUGCCCAACGUCAUCAGCUACAGCUCUGCAAUCAGUGCUCUGGAGAAGGCUGGCAGGUGGCACAUGGCCGUCUCCCUUUUCCACGAGAUGCCCAGAGCGAAGGUUGCACCCAAUGUGGUUAGCUACAGUGCCGCGAUUAGUGCCUGUGGGGCGGGUGGUGAGUGGGAGCUGGCUUUGUCCCUUCUCGAUGCCAUGCCACACACAGAUGUCUCGCCCAAUGUCAUUACCUUCAGCGCAGCAAUUCGUGCGUGUGACAUGGCUGGCCAAUGGCAACUGGCUCUGGAUCUGUUCUCAUCGAUGCAAAGGUUCAAAGUUCGUGCUGAUCGGAUCUUGUUCAGCGCGGUUAUUUGCGCUUGCGAAUCAGGAGGCCAGUGGCAAGUCGCUUUGCAGCUGUUUGCUGACAUGAGGGUCAGCAAGCUUCCAAUCGAUACAACCAGCUGCAAUGCAACCAUCAGUGCUUGUGGAAAGAAUGAGCAGUGGCAGCCUGCUCUGGCUCUCUUUAGCAGCAUGAGACUCUUGAAAGUUGCUCCUGAUCUUGUCGGUUUCAAUGCUGCCAUCAGUUCGUGCGAAAAGGCCGGGCAGUGGCAAUUGGGCCUUGGCUUGCUCUAUGAGAUGCCACGAUCCCAAGUUGCUCCGGAUGUAAUCAGCUAUACUGCGAGCAUUGGGGCCUGCGAGAAGGCAGUGAAAUGGCAGUUGGCAGCAUCCCUUUUUGAGGAAUUGCAUGCGAGACACCUGCAGCCGACUGUCAUCAGCUACAGUGCGAUGAUCAGUGCAUGUCAGAAAGCAAGCCAGUGGCAGUUGGCUUUGCACUUCUUCAGUGAAAUGCCUCGUGCAGAAGUCAGCCCCAAUGUCAUUAGCUACAAUGCCACUAUCACCGCCGCUGAGCGGGGUGGUCAAUGGCAGCUGGCUCUUUUCCUCUUCAACUCGAUGCCAACAGCUCGCAUCAGCCCAAGCAUCACCAGCUUUAACGCCACACUUGGCGCUUGUGGGAAGGGCGAGGAGUGGCCUUUGGCCCUGCACCUUUUCAGUACAAUGGCAGCAGGCCGUGCCAGCCCAAAUAUCAUGAGCUACAAUGCUAUGCUGGAUUCCCUCGGCGACCAUCCCAUUGGGCGGCGGGUUUUUCAAGAAGCCAUGGAUGCAGGAGUCUAUGGCCGGCUCUGUGACGAAAGCCCAUUGAUCUUGGACUUGCAUCAGCUUUCCUACGGGCCGGCCCUCCAUGCAGUGAGCUGGUGGCUCUCGGAAGAAUUGAUGCAUCGCUUGAGCUCUACAAAGCCAACGACUUGCAUCAUCAUCACCGGCUGGGGAAAGACUCGACCCAGCUGGUCAUCUUCGAACCUUCAGAAUUUCGUCCUGGCUCUGUUGAAGCAGUGGGGCCUACCAGCUGCGGUACAGCGGCAUAACCAAGGCAGACUUGAGGUGGUCCUCGGAAGAGAUGAAUUGAUGCGUUUUGCUGGAUUUCUCAGUGUUUACAACCAGCCGGUCGACUGCUACGCCGCCUGGGAGGCCCCGGAGCUACCAGAGUUUGACAUCUUGGUCACGAAUCCCCCAUACUCGGGGGACCACGUCAUGGGCCCAGUCAAAGUUGAAAACGACAGCUUUGCCGAGUUUACGAGGGACGUCCUGGGCCGCUGUUGGGGUACUGGUGACUUCACAGUAGUUGUGGAAGAGCCCGCUGGUGACCAGACAGAAGGCACCAAAAGUCCGAAGGAGCUGGGUGUCUGCCGCAAGGAGUUCGUCGUCCUGUCCGCCGUGCUGGGGACUGCCUCGCCAGUUUUUGAGACGAUGGUCAAGCAGGAUAAUUUUGUGGAAGGUGCCAAAUCCCAAGUUACAAUUACAGACUUUUCCUCAGCGGCGGUAGAGGCUUUCUUGAGGUUCUUGCAUUUCGGGACUGUGGAGGGGAGCCUUGCAACCGUCCUGGAGCUGGGGGUGCUAGCAGACAAGUAUGCCGUGAGCAAGUUACACCGUCUCUGCACUGGCACAGUACAAGACGAGCUGGUACCGACGACGGCCUGCGCCAUCUUCGAACUGGCCGACAGGUUCCACAACAUGGAUUUGCGCCGAUGCUGUUUGGACAUGAUCCUUUCGGAACCGGUCAUGACCAUGAAACAGCGUCCAGGUUUGAGCCCACAACUGAUGGAAGAGAUUGUCGGUAGCGAGGCGCUCUGUAUCGGCAGCGAAGAUCUUCAGGACUUGAUCUGCAAUUGGGACGAGGCCUCCUCCGAGGAGGAACGUGAGGUCCAAGGACUACUGCAAGCCUACGCUGAGGGGCCAGCAACGACACACCGAAGAGUAGCCAGUGGCGACGCGCUGUUCGAGCUCAAGGAAAGCUACUGGGGUCGUGGGCGUCAAAUUGCUUUGCUUCUGGGACCUCCAGAGAACGACUGGAGUGAUGCAGUUGCUGAACCCGGCUUUCUGGAGGCCUUGGCCCACAACGACAACUUUCACACCUACUCCAUUGCAAUACAAGAUGGCUGGAUCGUUUGGAUGAUGCCCUUUGUCUCGCUCUACCUCACGAGCUUCUCCUUCAAUGCCCGAGUGCUAACGGAGGAAGUCCACUUCAAGGUCUUCUGCUCUGAGGAUGGUAUUGACUGGAAGCUAUGUUUAGAUUCCAAAGAGCAUGGCGACAUCGAAGAAGACGAGGAUGUCCGCUGUGAGCACCGUCAUGUGAAGUGGCUGAAGCUUUUAGUCGUGGACGGGCGCUUCUCCACAGACUUCUGCGUGAGUGGCAUUCUGCUCCAACCAAUGGCACGGCUUCAAAAGUGA